AGUUAGGUGGUGAAAAUUAGAGUUGCUAUUUUAAGAAUAUAACCAUUGAGUUGCCUGUAAAUGUAAACGCGUAGCGUUUACUUUUCAGACUACAUAAUUCGCUUCGUGUUGUCAGAGGGACACAUUUGCAGGGUGGCGCACCACAUCUGGAGGGGGAGCAUCAGUCAAGAGUAUCCCAACAUCAAUCUUCGCGUACUACUAGUUUGUCUGUGGAACAUUCCACCUGACAGGUUUUUUCUGAUGAGUGAUUCUCAGUUCUGCUCCGGAUUCUAACGUCUUGUGAUAAUAACGGAAGAAGUGUUGUGCCCACAUGGGCAGCGUUCUGGCUUUGUCUUCUGGUCCAGGCCAUCAUAACUGGCCUUUUUCCACGGACCCCCCACCUUCUCGCUGGAACGCACAUCCCGCUCACUGGGACAGUCCGCCACGCUGGGAAAGGAGAGAUGGCCGCCUACCCAACCCAGGCAGCUUUCACUCACUCCACAGGAGCUGCAAAGAUGUGUUUCCUCAACAGAUUGAGGGAGUCAAGAUGAUCCUCAAUAAAACCCUGAGCAGCUUCUUCAAGGGCAGUCAUACUCUCCACCUCAGUGCGGUCAGUCCUUCGUACUAUCGUUUCCACGUGGAGCAUCUGCAGUCUGAUGAUUACAGCAAGGACAAGGAUGCCCCAGCAUUGAUCGGCGAGAUGGACUCUUCAGGCAGUCUGAAUGCUCAUGCUCUGCUCCAUGUCACCGAGCGUGUACGAGCCAGAACAGUUUUCCAGACACAGCAGUCCCAGUUUGUAACGUGGCAGUUUGAAACUGAGUAUAGAGGGAAUGACUUCACUGCCGCUGUAACAGUAGCCAAUCCAGACGUCCUCAGAGAGUCAGUUAUUCUUGUGGCACACUUCCUGCAGAGUGUGUCUUCUGGGCUGGUUUUAGGCGGGGAGCUGGUCUACCAUCGGGGCCGAGCAGAGGAAGGAGGAAUUCUUACUCUGGCUGGACAGUACUCAAGACCCAACUGGGUAGCGACGCUGAAUGCUGGCAAAGGAGGUGCCCAUGCUAGCUACUAUCACAGAGCCAACAAACAGAUCCAAGUCGGGGUGGAGUUUGAAGCCAGCACCAGGACACAGGAGACCACAACAUCCUUUGGGUACCAGAUGGAACUUCCAGAGGCCAACAUGGUCUUUCGAGGUAUGAUAAACAGUAGGUGCAUAAUAGGAGGUGUGUUGGAGAAGCGUCUGACCCCGCUCCCUGCCACCCUGAUUAUGGGUGCCUUUGUAAAUCACAGAGGUGACAAGCUGCAAGUGGGCCUAGGCAUCAACGUGGGAUAAUCCGCCACCAACCCCUGCCUGAGUUAAAGCUUGCUGUCAGGACAUCCAUCAAGAGACCUGUUUCACUGGCUUCUUAAUGACCCAAUCUUCAGAGGUAAAACACUUGAAGCCCCUAUUGUGGAUUAUGUGGGUGUUAAAGCUCAGACUUGAAGCUAGCAACCUACCUUUCAAAAUGGAGGUGAUGUUUUCUGAUUGGAUUAUACAGGAAAAAUAGAUGAACAAUUUGAGGGGCUCAAAAACUGUGACUGAAGAUGUGUUACUGUUCCCCUGAAACCAAACUGCACAUCACCUUCCGGACAACGGAAACUGAAAGGAUGUUUACUACUGUAAACUGAAAAUAAUUAAAGGUUUUAUACUGUAAAGAAACAUAAUGUAUGAAGAUUACAAAGAAAAAUAAUUGUGUUUAUUUUUAAUUUUUUAGCCCAUUAACUAUAAUUCUUGUGUACCAGACCUUUCUGCUGACCAUUUUCU